UGAUUUGUGCAUCAUAUGAGUUUUGACAGACAGUAUGAGCAUAUUAGUGUUAAUUGAUUCUCUUUUUCUUUUCCAGAUCACAUGGAGUAUUAUAAACAAAACAUUAUGUUCUUUUAAAAUACAAGCAAAGAGUCAGAGAUUCUGUCGGAAUGAAUAUAACCUAACUGGCUUGUGUAGUCGUAGUUCAUGCCCCCUAGCCAACACACAAUAUGCCACUGUUAGAGAAGAAAAAGGUAUACUUUACCUCUACAUGAGAACAGCAGAAAGAGCCUUUUUCCCAGCCAAGCAGUGGGAAAGAGUCAAGCUUUCCAGGAAUUUUGUAAAGGCUUUGCAGCAAAUAGAUGAAAACCUGGUCUUCUGGAAAAGGUAUUUCCGCCAAAAAUGCCGGCAGCGAUUGCUAAAGAUUACUCAGUAUUUGACACGUAUGAGAAAGAUCAAAUUAAAAGGAAAACACAAAAAAUUGAUCCCUAUACAACGUAACAUAGAUGUACGACUGAGGAGACGAGAAGAAAAGGCUUUAUCGCUGCUCGAUUAGACAAUGCAAUUCAUUGAGAACUUUUGCAGAGAUUGAAAGAAGGAACUGUAAGUAUCUGAGAAAUUU